AUGCCCGCUACGGCGUCCCGUGCCGUCCUUCGGCAAUCGCAGUUCCUCGUCCGGAGAACCGCUGUCAGGCACGCCUCCUCCACCUCCGAGGCUGCCUCCAAGGCCAGUGAGACUGCCUCUUCGGCCGCCUCCAAGGCCUCUGAGGGUCUCUCCAAGGUCACCUCCUCCGCGGGUCCCGCCAUCGCCGGUGCCGCUCAGAACGCCGGUGCCGCCCUGCGGAAGAUUGGUGGAAGGACCGGAAAAGUCAUCGCCUUUGUUGAUUCCAUGAUACCCCCUACUGUCUACUACACCAAGGUCGGCAUCGAGCUCGGAAAGUUGGUCUUCCGUGGCCAGAACAUGACCCCCCCGAACCUGGCCACCUUCCAGUCCUACUUCCAGCCUCUGAUCAACGGUCUCCGUAACCCCGCCGCCCUCAAGAACGUCAAUGUCGUCUCCCCGUCCAACAUCGUCGCUCGCGUCCGCAACGCCAACAAGAAGGAGAUCGCUCUGGCCGGUGUCACCCUUGCGGAGGUUAUUGGUUUCUUCACCGUCGGCGAGAUGAUCGGCCGCAUGAACAUCGUGGGCUACCGGGGCCACGCUGAGCACCACCACUAG